AUAAUAUGCAUGAUCAUGAUGAUGUGCAAUAUUAUUGUUACAUUUAUAGACUGGCACCCGUUAAUACUUUAUAAGCUAAAACAGUUAAUUCAUAACGGUCAUGAGCCAAUCUAUUCUACCGGCACAUGGUAUGCAUGAUUCGCAUGGUGGAGGAUCUAAGAUCGGUUAUACAGGCUACAGCGGUUAUUACGUGUUAGGUAGGAGUUUAAAUAACAAAGAGUUUACACUGCAUGCUUACAGACGGCGAAGAGAAAGUUAUGAGUGCUACAGGAAAGAGAGAUGCGCCCGCGACGGAGACAAACGGUGGUGCGGGCGACGCCACGUCCCCGGCCCUCAAACGAGCUAAACGCGUCGACCCCGCGAACGAAGCUCCCUCUGGUGGUUGCUUUGACUUCAGCAGUCCGCAAGAGAUGUUCGCUUCUCUCAUCGCCCCGACGACGGUGGAAACAUUCUUCGAGGAGUACUGGGAGAAGAAACCGAUGAUACUGACUAAUAGGGGGGAGAGGUUUCACGACUGCUACUCUCGCCUCUUCGGCCGCGCUCGCCUCUCGGAGCUGCUCCACGACCCCUCUCUCGACCUCAUCCCGGGUCGCGACUUUGUCGCGUGCCGCUACGUCGACGGAGAGCGGCGCGACCUGGUGGCGGCGGACGUGGCGCGGGCGGCGGUGGAGGAGCGGGCUACGGUGCAGUUCCACCAGCCGCAGCGAUUCUGCGAGGAUCUGUGGCGGAUGCAGGAGAAGUUGGAGGGGUACUUCGGGUGCCUGGUCGGCGCGAACGCGUACGUGACGCAUGGCGACGGAUCGCAGGGUCUGGCUCCUCACCACGAUGACGUAGAGGUCUUCGUCGUUCACUGCGAGGGUGAGAAGCGCUGGCGGCUCUACGCUCCGACGCCGCUAGAACUUCCGCUCUACUACAGUGGCGACCUCUGCCAGGAAGCGAUCGGAAGCCCGAUCGCCGAAUUCACGCUGACCCCCGGCGACCUUCUCUACAUGCCGCGCGGGACGAUCCACCAGGCGGUAGCAGCGGGCGACGCCGGCGGCGCCACCCAUGUGACGCUGAGCACCUAUCAGCAGCACACGUGGGGGAGGUACCUCUCGGACGCGUUCCCGCGCGCGCUGCGGCGGGCGACGGGGCGCGACGUGGCGCUGAGGCGCGGGUUGCCACGGCAACUGGAUCGCGUGCCGGAUGCGGUGUACCUCGCGAGAUUCAAGGAGAUGACUCGUCGCAUUCUGGACGAGGUCGCCACGGCAACGGCGACGCUGCAGCCAAUAGAACUGAUGGAGGAGUUUGCGGAGAAUCGUCUGCCUCCGUACCAACGCGAGCCGCAGACGGAGACGGAGGAGAUUCCAUCAUUUCUGCUGACUGCGGACGGUCUAGCUAAAGCAUCAAUCAGGUUCCGCUUCCCCGAUCACAUGACGGUGAUUAGGAGGCAGCGAGCGGAUGAUGAGGAUGAGGAGGAGGAUGAGGAUGAGGAGGAGGAGGAGGAGGAGGAGAAAAACCGGGAAGGGAAGAAGGAUGGAGAGAGUAAUCGUGCAAAGGGAGCGAAGAUAAAGCAGGACGAGUACUUUGUUCAACUCUACCACUCUCUCAACAACUCACGCGUCAAACAUAUGAUGACGGCGGGCGGGGAAGACUCUGAUGACGAGGAGGAGGAGGAGGAGGAGGAAGAGGAGGAGGAGGGCAACGAAGGUCAUAUGCAGACUUCUCGCCGCGCAAUGAAGACGAAGAGCGUUAUCUUCCCCGCUGACUACCAGGGGGCGCUGUCGCGGCUGAGAGACGCGGGAGCGGACUACACGCCGCUCAGCGAACUUCUCGACGGAGAGCAUCGCCAGCGCACCCUGGUGUGCAGUCUGUGGGAGGAGAGGUUGAUCGAACCGCGACCGACGGCCGACGCCGAAUAGCCGCUUGUUUUUGGUUUUCCGCGAGGAGAGAGGUUCGAGCUGGUGAUCGGUAUACGUGGUCAUCGUUCAACAUUGAUUGAUGAAUUGAUUGAUUGAAUUACCCAUUGAUAUUGGAGACAAUAAUUUAGACUGGAUGCAAUCGUAUUGUGUUUUAAAACCAUGAAGUCCAUUUUUUUACGUGUUUAUAAUCAGGAGUGAAAUAACAGCGAAUUCCUUCACGAAUCUAGUGCAAUAUUUAUUGUUAUAUAUUCAUUAUAACGGUAUAGAUAUGUUCUUUACA